UCUGCACUGUUCGUUCUACGUUCUCAUUGAUUUGGUGUCUUCUAUGUUCAUUCUAGAUCUUAUAAUAACUCCAUUUUUUGACAUUUGAGUACCCAAAUAUUAUCUCUGCAGGAGAUUUAAAAGACAAAUCAAUAUGGUAGAUCGGUGUUCGAUCAAGAACGAUAUCACUCAAUAUAUUUUUGCGCAUUUUGUGAAGUUGAUAGGUAACACACCAAUGGUGUAUUUGAAUAAAAUUGUGGACGGUUGUGUGGCUCGUAUCGCUGCCAAGCUCGAGAUGAUGGAGCCUUGCUCUAGCAUCAAAGACAGAAUCGCGUAUAGUAUGAUCAAAGACGCUGAAGAGAAAGGAUUGAUUACUCCCGGAAAGAGUACAUUGAUUGAGGCAACGGGAGGUAACACCGGGAUUGGUUUAGCUAGCAUCGGGGCAUCAAGAGGGUAUAAAGUGAUACUUUUGAUGCCUUCAACGAUGAGCUUAGAGAGGAGAAUCAUCUUGAGAGCAUUAGGAGCAGAGGUUCAUCUCACUGAUAUGAACACAGGAAUUAAAGGACAGUUGGAGAAAGCUGAAGAUAUAUUAAGCAAAACUCCUGGUGGUUACAUACCACACCAGUUUAUAAAUCCGGAAAACCCCGAGAUACAUUAUAGAACCACUGGUCCGGAGAUUUGGAAUGAUUCAGCGGGGAAAGUAGAUAUCUUGGUCGCGGGUGUUGGAACUGGUGGAACCGUUAGUGGAACAGGGAAGUUCCUCAAGGAGAAGAAUAGAAACAUUAAGGUUUGUGCGGUAGAACCAGCAGAAAGUGCAGUACUCAGCGGAGGAAGACCAGGUCCACAUUUGAUCCAAGGAAUUGGCUCUGGUGAAAUUCCAACCAAUUUGGACUUAACCGUCGUUGAUGAAAUCAUUCAAGUGACGGGUGAGGAGGCCAUUGAAACAGCCAAGCUUCUUGCUAUCAAAGAAGGAUUGUUGGUUGGAAUAUCUUCUGGAGCCUCAGCAGCGGCUGCCUUAAAGGUUGCAAAGAGGUCAGAAAACAAAGGGAAACUUAUUGUGGUGAUUUUUCCUAGUGGAGGAGAACGUUAUUUAUCGACUGAAUUGUUCGAGUCAGUCAGAUAUAAAGCAGAGAACUUGCCAGUUCAAUGAGUAGUAUCGUAGGACUCUGAGAUGUUGGUACCAAGAUCACAGUUUGAUUAUUGUAAAGACUUACAUAUCUUCCAUGAUGAUCAAUUAUGAGUUGUUCAUUAAGUAUUUUUCGAUACAAUCCGCCCGGUCUAAAUUUAG